AUGCCCGCGCCGUCAGCCCCACUGGCUAUCGGCGACGACGGCUCGUCCUCCGCCGCCAUGGGGAACCAGGUGCACCAGCUUUCGUACAGCCCGUUGACGGCGCAUGCCUUUAAUGCGGACCGCUCGCGCGUGGCCGUGUCGCCGAACACGAAUGAAAUCCUGAUCUACGCUAUGACGCCCGCCGGGUGGGUGCUCGAGCACACGCUCGUGGAGCACGACAAGGUCGUGACAGGUCUCGACUGGGCGCCUCGCACGAACCGCCUCGUGAGCUGCUCGCAGGACCGCAAUGCGUAUGUGUGGACGUUCACCGGCACGACAUGGAAGCCCACGCUCGUCCUGCUGCGCCUGCAGCGUGGCGCCACGGCCGUGCGGUGGAGCCCGAACGAGGACAAGUUCGCGGUCGCGAGCAGCGCGCGUAUCGUCUCCGUGUGCUCGUUCGAGGAAGACAACGACUGGUGGGUCGCAAAGCACAUCAAGCGCCCGCUGCGCUCGACGGUGUCGUCGCUCGACUGGCACCCGAAUAACGUGCUCCUCGCCACCGGGUCCGCCGACUAUCAUGCGCGCGUGUUCAGUGCGUACAUCAAGGGCGUGGAUGCCAAGCCUCCGCCCAGCGUGUGGGGGGAGCGCCUGCCGUUCGGCACCGUGUGUGGCGAGUAUGCGACGCCGGCGGCCGGCUGGGUCCACGGCGUCGCCUUCAGCCCGAGCGGCGAUGCGCUUGCGUUCGUCGGGCAUGAUGCCUCGCUCACGGUCGUGUAUCCGUCUGCGUCCGACGCGCCGCCACAUGCCGUGCACGUCGUACGCCUUCCGAGCCUGCCGUAUGUGGCUGUGCUCUUCGUGAACGAACAUACGCUCGUGGCGGCCGGGCACGACUGCCAGCCCAUGGUCUUUGAGGGCUCGCUAGAGCAGGGCUGGCGUCUGACGCGCAGCCUGGAUACGGCAGGCACAGCCGCAUCCAAGCCCAAGCCGCCGCCGCCGCCGCCCAAGGCGCCUGGCCUCGCAGCGGGUGCGGCGCCCGGCGUCGGACGACUCAACAACGAGGCGUUUGCGCGCUUCCGUCAGGCCGACUCGCGCGGCACGGCGGCGACGCCCGCCUCUGGUGCAGAACAUGCGCCCCAGUCGUUUGGUGCCGUGGCUGGCGCGAGUAUCGCCGACGACGGCGAGCUGCAUACGACUCACCAAAACACCAUCACGGAGGUGCGCCUGUACGCCGGGACGCCGGGCCAGGUGGACACCAUCAGCACAAGUGGCGUCGACGGACGCCUCUGCACGUUCGAGACGGCCAAAGGCAGCACAGCUAUCGCGCCCAUUCUUCGUGGCGUGGCGAGUAUGCAACUUGCGUAA